AUGGCCUCUGAACGCUAUGGGUCCAAUUCAACCAGAAAUCUGACCAACCAGUUCGUUCAGCCGGCGUGGCGCAUCGCGCUGUGGUCGGUCGCUUACAGCACCGUGCUCGCGGUGGCCGUUUUCGGGAACUUGAUUGUGAUUUGGAUUAUUCUGGCCCACAAGCGAAUGAGGACCGUGACCAAUUAUUUCCUACUGAACUUGGCUUUCUCUGAUGUCUCGAUGGCCGCUUUCAACACGCUUAUCAACUUCAUCUACGCGGCUCACGGAGAGUGGUACUUUGGAGAAGUGUACUGCAGGUUCCACAACUUCUUCCCUGUCACUGCGGUGUUCGCCAGCAUCUACUCCAUGACCGCGAUAGCUAUCGACAGGUACAUGGCCAUCAUCCACCCUCUGAAGCCUCGUCUGUCAGCAAAGGCCACUACGGGAGUGAUCGUCUGUAUCUGGAGUCUGGCUGUGGUUCUGGCCUUCCCUCUCUGCUACUUCUCCACAACUCGAGCUCUGCCCCGCAGGACCCUCUGCUACGUGGCCUGGCCCCGCAUGGCCGACGACCCCUUUAUGUAUCACAUCAUAGUGACAGUUCUGGUCUACGUGCUGCCUUUAGUUGUGAUGGGUAUCACUUACACCAUCGUGGGGGUAACGCUGUGGGGAGGGGAGAUCCCUGGAGACUCAUCCGAUAACUAUCAUGGACAACUCAGAGCCAAACGGAAGGUGGUGAAGAUGAUGAUCAUCGUAGUGGUGACCUUUGCCCUCUGCUGGCUGCCCUAUCAUGUCUACUUCAUUGUGACGGGUCUCAACAAGCGUCUGAGCAAGUGGAAGUACAUCCAGCAGGUUUACCUGUCAGUGCUGUGGCUGGCAAUGAGCUCCACCAUGUACAACCCCAUCAUAUACUGCUGCCUCAACAGCAGGUUCCGGGCUGGUUUCAAGCGGGUUUUCCGCUGGUGUCCCUUUGUCCGGGUCUCGAGCUAUGAUGAGCUAGAGCUCCAAAAUACAAGACUUCGACCGGGUCACCAGAGCAGCAUGUGCACCCUCUCUCGGGUCGACACCAGCAUCCUUAGCAAAGACAAGAGCACUUGUUCCCGUGGAAACAGGUCAAGACUCAACUCUGAGCCCAAUAAUAAAGGCAGUUAGUUGUCUCACAUGGGCACUCUCUAUUUAAGACAAUAUUAUGAGCUGAUAGAGGCUGAGGGGAGUGAUUUCGUUUCCUUAUAAAGCUAGGUAAUAUUAAUUAGCUUGUACGGGUGUGGUGAAAUGUCACUUUAUCAAAACUGAUAAAACACAAUUGAAUCUUAAUUAGUUUUGACAAGUAAUUUUGUGUAUUUGUUAUGUAUUGUUAUGUAUAACUAAAUAUCUUAUAUAACAAUAUAAAAUACAUUAAUGCCUUUCUUUGAUUUGAAAAGUUUAUUUUGGAGGGUUUUUUUUAAAUUAUGAAAUGCUGCUGUUCAUUAGUUUGCAGUCUUGUUAUUUUGUAUAUUAUAAUGCAUUUAUUUGUGUAAAUAGACAAAAUGAUGUGUGACAAUUUUGCAAAAUCCAAAAAAGAUUAUUGUAACCAGUCAGUGAGAGAUUAAUACAUAUGUGGAUUUUUAACAUUGGUAUUGCAGGAACAUGUUCAACAUUUCAGUAUUGCUAAAUAUACCUAAUUUUCUUAAUGGGAUCUUGCAUACAUGCUAAUGUUAUGUACUUUCUCGGGUUUGAUUCAUUUUGAUCAAUCAUCAACAAUCAUUAAAAAACUAUUGAUGCUUUGGUAAAACAUGGUUGAUGGUUUGAGCUAAAAUAUUUUAAAUAUCUGAACGAUUAUUUUAGAUUUAUGUAUUUUACAUGUUUAUUUUGUGUCAAAGCAACAGUCCACAAUUCAACACAGUCUUAUAGACUUCUCUGCAACAAAGCUAACACUCAAACAACAAUUUAUAAAUGGCAUUUCUGUUUUGUUGAUAAAAGCUCAUUCAGUUGUUACAUAUCUCUAUGAUUUUGUUUUAGAUAUUACCACAAGAAAUUAAGAUCCUGUGUCAGCAUCACACACCAUAUUCUUUAAGCUGCUUUCGACAUUUUGUAAUCACAUUUGUUAAAUGUGACCCUUGCAUGUGCUAUUAUAUAACAUAGUAGUACAUGUAUAUGAUUAAAUGCUGUACUCAGUGUAGACAUACUUUAUAUUUAAUGCCAUCAAACCAUUACUAAGUGGAUUUCAUCAACAAUAACUGUAGCAAUGCUGCUCUAGCAACAUCAAUGCCUUUAAAUCUACGGUAGUAACACUGAUAAUGAAUUCACAAGUGCUUGCUCAUGUUUUUGUUAGUUGGAGGAAGCAUGUGCCAUUUUAAAAUGCACCUUUUUGGGACUCUUACAAGUCAUGCUUUAUUGUAUGUACUGUAUCUAGGUUUUU